CAGUUAAUUGGUCAUCUGCUACCCAAGAGGUGGGCAAACUGGAUUUGUGGUUCCACUGAUUGCCCUGAUGCUCCCUUCCUUUGAGACUGCAGCCUAGGAGGCAGGCAGAAUGCUUCGAACCAGCCAAGUACUACUAUCUCGGGUUACCUCCUCUACGCAGGGCUCAGGAGCCCAGAGGCCAAUUUUGCGGUUUGAUGGGGAAGCAUUCCGUCUCAAAAGGACAGGCGAACUAAUCCGGGCCUUGUUAGUGCUUCGGCUCUGUGCAUGGCCCCCACUGGUCAGUUAUGGUCUAACGCUUCUGUCUUGGUCCCGGAGGCUCCUGGGCUCCCGGCUAUCUGGGGCACUACUUCGGGCUUCAGUGUAUGGGCAGUUUGUGGCUGGGGAGACAACGGCUGAGGUGCAAGACUCUGUCCAGAGGCUUCAAAGACUUGGGCUGCGGCCACUGCUGGCUGUACCCACUGAGGAGGAGCCAGGGACAGACUGGAGAGGAGAAGCCUGGUAUGAGGGAAACCUGAAUGCUAUGCUGCAUUGUGUGGACCUGUCCUGUGGGCCCCCAGGAUCUCUACCACCCCAGCCAGUCAUCAUGCAGCUCAGAGUGACAGCACUGACCAGUGCCCAACUCUGUAAAGAACUGACGCUCCGACUCAGGGAGACUGGGACUUCCAAAGAGCUAAGUCCUGAAAGGUUUGCUUCCACCAUGGAAAGUGGUAAGGACCUACAGAUUUCCAGUCUCAGUCCUGAGCUGAAUCAGCAUCUCAAAGCCUCACUGAGCCGCUUCCAUCGCAUUGCUCAGUAUGCCCGGAGCCAGGGUGUCCGGCUGCUAGUGGACGCCGAGUACACCAGUCUGAACCCAGCACUGACCCUGUUUGUGUCUUCCCUGGCUGUCCGUUGGAACUGCCGGGAGGAGGCUGAUGAGGAUGGGGCUCCCUGGGUAUGGAACACCUACCAGGCCUAUCUCAAGGAUACAUAUGAGCAGCUGAAUCAGGCAGCAGAGGCAGCAGAGCAAAAAGGUCUGGGUUUUGGAGUAAAGCUGGUUCGUGGUGCAUAUCUGGAUUCAGAGAGGGCAGUUGCUCAGCGUAACAGGACAGCAGAUCCUACCCAGCCCAACUACGAGGCCACGAGCCGAAGUUAUAACCGUUGCCUGGAGCUGAUGCUGGGACAUGUUAGCCGCCGGGGUUCACGGUGUCAGCUUAUGGUAGCUUCCCACAAUGAAGAGUCUGUGACCCAGGCCGUUAAGCGACACUGCUGGAGUUGUGAAACCAUGAUAAAGUCACUGAACCCUCUCUGAUCCUCAGUUUCCUCAUCUGUAAAAUGGGGUAAUAUCUGCUGUUACCUACCUCAAAAGGUUGUUGAAGGAGCAAGUGAGAUAAAGCACUAUCUAAAUUUGCCUCUUUUGUUUACUACGAACUUUACAUUGUACAGUUUUGUAACUAAAAGUCUUUCAGUUCCACCAAGAUUAUUAGUACCUAUUCAGUGCCAGGCUCUGUCCUAGGCCCUGGAGAUUCAAAGAUAAGAGUGAACAGUCUCUGCCUUCAAGAAGCAUAUGUUCCACUCAGGGGAGAUAAAAUAUGUUCACAGAUAAGUAAAUAUAAAGCAAGUCAAUUUCAAGAGGGAAGAGAGAACCCAGAAGGGAGGGGAACAAGAAAAGCUUGGCACCAAUGAGGUAGUCUAGGACGGGAAUGCAUUCUAGGCAUGGGGGGACCAGCCACUCAUGCAAAGGCAUAGAGAGGAUACAACAUCAUCUCUGGUCAGGAGCACGUAGACGCAUUUAAAGAGACUAGAGAACAGGAGUAACAGGAAAUAAGACUGGGGGGGUUGGGGGGAGCCAGAUCGUGGAGGGCUUUACAUGGCAGGC